AUGUCAGAUCAGAACAUCAAGCCCCAGACUACAGGGGGUAUUUGGUUCCCAAACGCAGUCAGACCUGAAGUCGCUGAUGCCAAGAAGCCCAUCAUCCUCCACUUCCACCCUGGUGGCUACGUAAUGGGGGACGUUAGAGUGGAUGGUGCAUUCGCGGCGCGUCUUCUAAGCGAGAAGAUUGGCUGCUACGCGUUAUGGACAGAUCAUGGCGAAGCCGUUGGACUACCUGCACCCCGCGGUGCUCUGAUCUUCUCUCCUGCCGUUAGCUUCCUGGCCGCUACGGAUCCCAAGACUGUGUUAGAGAACCCGAAUUACAAAAACGACUACAUGGACCCGACUUUUGUGACCUGGGGAGCCCGGAGAUUUGUCUUGAAUGAACCGACUGCCACCACAUACAUGAAUCCCUUACAAUCGCCUUUCAAAAGCCCCUGCCCAAUCUGGGUAUACUGCGGCGGCUGCGAGCUCUUCUACGACGAUGCCACGGAGUUCGUGUCAAAGAUGAAGGACAUCCCAGGCAACGAGGUGUCCUACGUGGUCAAACGGUUGGCUAAUCAUGACAUAUCUUUUGCUGGUAACCUGUUAGGCUGGAAGACCGAAGCUGAGAAAAUCGCUGAUCGAGCUGGCAGGUGGGUAGCUGAGUUGCUACAUUAA